UGUCGCAUGGACUGAAAAUUAUGUCAGAAUCGUGAGUGAACUUUCGUUUUUAAAUGUUUUCACUGAAUCGUUCCGUUAAGAAUGUAUCGCGUGAUUCUAAGUGUUUUGAUAAUUGUGACGUACCAAGUUGGUGGAAAUGUAUCGGAAUUCGUUGAAAAUGAGAUUUUGCAUCGCUUUGAAAAGUCUCUAUCAAAAGGUUACGAUUUAGAUGUAUGGAAUGCUUUGAAUGCACUGAAUGUUACGAUGCAAAAAUUCAAUGAAUUUCAAAGUGGAAAUGGAUUGAUUGAGAGCCGUGAUGCUAUGAUAAACAGUCGAAUUGGUGUUUUUCUCUUCACACGAUACUGUGGACCAGGAGCUAGGCUUUUGAAUAAAAUUUUUAAAACCGAUGAACGCACUUAUUCAAACAUUGAUACAUGCUGCAGAUUACACGAUGAAUGCCCCGAUUAUGUUCUACAACCGCAUGACUAUGAACGAUAUCCAGAGCUAGAUGUGAGACCACAGUUUUUCUCACGACUGAAGUGCAGCUGUGAUGCAGAGUUUUACCAAUGUCUGCAAACCAUUGACAAAACCUACGCUUAUUCCAUUGGUAUUGGCUAUGGCAUUUUUCAGCGUUACUGCUUCGAAUUUGAACAUCCGAUUAUAAGAUGCUCCGAAUAUUAUUCAGGAUUCGGCUUGAACAGAUGCAUGGCCUACGAAGUCGACUAUAAUUUACCCAAAAAGUGGCAAUGGUUUGAUGUGCUGCCUCCAUAUUUGGAAAUCUACAACUUCCCACAGUUUAUACAAAGCGCUCUUUCAUUUAGUUGAAUUGAAGUUAUUGUGUUCACAAUUGUACAAAAUGGAUUUUUCUCUUAAAAAUGAAUAAAAAC